CUGCGAUGUAACAGCGUGGAAAAGCUUAUAGGUGCUCUCCGAAAACACUACCAGAAGCUCAUGCAAAAAUGAGAGAAGCUGCUUUCCUGCUCACAGCGUUUGUGAUUCCGUGUCUCCUUCUGAGCUCCUGCCAGGCAGCCAGACAAGGACAAGACAUCAGAUGUGGAGCCUGUAGGGCUCUGGUAGAUGAGAUGGAGUGGGCCAUCUCGCAGAUAGAUCCGAAGAAGAUGAUCCAGACCGGCUCCUUCAGGAUCAACCCAGACGGCAGCCAGUCCAUCAAAGAGGUUCCUCUGGCGCGGUCAGAGGGAAACCUCAUGGAGCUGAUGGAGAUGGUGUGUGAGAGAAUGGAGGACUAUGGCGAGCGCACAGAUUCCUCCACAAACAGGAAGUCCUACAUGAGGGUCAAAUCUCGGAAUGGGGAGCCCAUGGACCUCGCCGAGACCACGCUGGAUUCAAGAGUUACAGCCAGUUUAAAAUUUUCAUGUGAAACGAUUGUUGAGCAGCAUGAAGAUGAAAUCAUCGAGUUCUUCGCUCAUGAGACAGAUAAUGUCAAAGACAAGCUCUGCAGCAAGAGAACAGAUCUCUGUGACCACGCUCUGAAAAUUCCCCAUGACGAACUUUGACCUCUCGCCAUGACUGCUGCAUCUCCUCAGCUGACACGGAGACGCUGGGUGCUGUAAUGUUUUCAGUUGUCACUUAUUACCGGUUUACGUCAUGACAGUGGUAGGAAGAUGUAUACAAAUCCUUCUGUACAAAAAAAAAUCCAAAUCCUGUGAUCAUGGAGAAUUUGAGGUCCACUUAACAACCCUUUUUUUUAAGCAUUAUCUCACCUCACCUCUUUAUAUACUGUAAGUUAUUAUACAUCCCUUUGUUUCUCAUAUGAAGGCUUUCUUUCAAAUCCAAUACUUGAUAACGUGAGGAUAGACAACUCACUUCAGCUUCAAGACCUUUUUAU